AUUUAUUCUGGCGUCGUUUGGCGUUUCAUUUCUUGGAUGCGUGUCUAGUUGUUUGUGGCGUGCUUGUGUGAUUAAGUAUAAAAGUUGUUUGUUAUUGUCUGGACAUCUAUAAAAUAUAUAUUUUAGCGUCAGUGAAUAAGCGAAACUAAUUCUUAAUUAUCAAUUAAAAUUAUAUCCAUGAGUUUUAAUAAGAACUACUAGUAUUGUAUAAUUUUAUUCCAGCAUGUCUACGAGAAGCGGUCGAAUAAGGCCUAGUGCGAUAGAGACGAGUCCACCGCGGACUCGUAAAGGUGUAUCACCGAACAGAUCUCCCGCCAGAACGCGGAAAAGUUCGCCAGCCAGAAAAAGUUCGCCAGCGCGGAAAACUUCACCUCCUGCGCGAAGUAACCGAAAGUCGCCUUCUCGCAAAUCACCAAGUCGAAAACCAUCGUCACAGUUUCCUGCGCGAAAAUCACCAUCUAGGGCGACUAAAGAAACUGGGGAAAAGGCCUCGUCCAAAUCACCCGUUAAGCGUCCAGCGAUUAAAACAUCCAAAACUAAUGUAUCUGUGAAAUUAGAAGAUUUAUCUAGUAAAUUAGAUAUUUUCCGUGGUACUCGUUCUAAGCGCUUAGAAUAUUCUGUCCAAGAUCUUCCAAAUGUAACAAAGGACAAUUUGACUGAUAUUACUAGAGUGAAUGGUUUGGAAUCAAAUUAUGACGAUAUCUAUGGGUUGAGAACUAGAAGAUUUAUAGAUGAAACAUUGCCUCGUCGGUCUAGUAGACUUAGAGACUUUAUUGAUAAUAUUCCCGAUAUCAGAAGAAGUCUCAGUAAGUCAGUCAGUAAAUCCGUUAGUAAGUCUAUCAGCCAGUCAAUUGAUACAUUUUCUGAUGAGGAGGAAUCUGAUAAUGAUAUACAAAGAGAAAAAUCUCAAUCGGUGACAAGGAAACUUGCAACACCAGUCCGAAGUAGUGUGGGUAAACUGACUAUGGUCGGUAGCCGAUGGGAGUUUGGAGGACGAAUAGGAUCUGCAUUGUUGAUAUUGCUAAUACCCCUUACAGUGUUUUCGAUAAUAAUUUCUUGUACUAAAUUGUGUUCAUUGAAGUCCCUCCUUGAUGUGCAUUUAUUGACUUCUCUAUCUGUGUGGUUUAGUUUGCCAGCAUUUAGCAUUGUCCUAAUCCAAUUUGUUAUACAAGCAUUUUUUGCUAUUGUGCCUAUAUUUGGUACAAGAUCUGACAAGAUGGAUGGUACUGCUACAAAAUAUACAUUCAAUGCAUUUUUUGCAAGUUUCAUCACUGUCAAUACAGUAUUUGUAUUGGAUUCCUUUGGUUUAUUCAACAAAGAUGCUAUAUUGAAUGAUUAUCUGCGAUUGGCUGUAGCGUCUUAUCUCAGUGCUGUUGUAUUGAGUAUAGUCCUGUAUUUUAAACGUCCUACAACUGAUUACAAUGAAUUGAACCCAUAUGGCACCACUGGAUAUAAAUUAUAUGAUUUCUUCAUGGGCAAAGAGAUACAUCCUUGUAUAAAGAGGCUGGAUGUUAAAAUUUGGAUAUCAAGGAUCUGCAACAUAAAUGCUCUCAUAUUGGUGGUCAUUAUAUUGAAACAUGGUAUUCAUCUGGAAGUGAAGGAGAAUCAACCUAUAACAAUAGAGAAUUAUAAAGAAAUCAUUAAUCAAGUGACACUGAAUCCAUCAAUUUUGAUGUUCUCAUUUAUGCAAAUUAUAUACAUUCUAAACUUUAUAAUUAAGGAACAUAGAAUAACAUCAACAUUUUUCUGGCAAUCUGAAGGAGUUGGUUAUCUACAGACAGUGUCAAGUGCCCUCUAUCCAUUCCUUUUCACAACAGUAUCAAAGUUUGUGGUUGAUAGUAAAUUAUCUCUAUCCACUAACACCUUAAUCUCUGCUUUUGUAUUAUUUUUGCUGGGAUUCUUCAUAAUGCUUCUUAGUAACAAUAUUAAAUAUGAGUUCAGGAAAAAUCCACUGCAACCCAGCUUAGCAAAUCUAGACUCGAUGCCUACUUUCCAUGGGAAGAAAUUAUUAGUCGCCGGCUUCUGGGGUUUAGUACGUCAUCCCAACUAUAUGGGUGAUAUUUUGGUGCAAAUCGCGUUUGCGUUACCAGGUAUAUUGAAUCAGCAAUAUGUAGUUGUAGCCCCACCAGUGUUGUCUAUAUUGGCACUGUUGCACCGAGCAUGGCGGGACCAUGCGCGCUGCAAACGUCGCUAUGGAGCAGCAUGGCAGAGGUACUGUAAGCGAGUACCUUCAGUUCUCAUACCAAAGGUACUAUAAUAAGUGCCAGUGUUAGUAGUGUAAGUUAUUGACUUUUAUUAAUAACUUUGGUAUGUUGAACUACGCGUCAUUCCGGUGACAGGUUACUUUUAUAUUUGAAUAGGUGACAUAUAAGAUAUUAUGUACAUAAAAAUAUGUAUACAUGACGGAAUGUUUAUUAUUGAAAGGAAUUAUCUUAAUUUUAUAAAGAUCUCGAGUAGUAUAUAUAAUUUCUCUAAUAUUUUUUAUUACAUAGAGUAUUAUGUAAAUUGUUAUUACUGAGAUUAGUAUGCUGCCAUAAAUAUACCACCGGACAAAUUAUUACAAAUUAGCUCUCUUGACCUUAUUUGGCGAUAUGUUAUUUUACGAAUAUAAGUGGUGUUUUAUUUACUAUAUGUUAGGCCAUAGUGUGCUUAGGCGCGAUUACUUUACACAAAUAUAUACAAUGGAAACUCAGUGAAAUCUCGGAAUAUUUUUUAUUUUUAAGGUAUGACAUAACUGUAGCAAAGGAAUCUGCAUGAAUUAUAAAAAUAAAAUUAUGGUCUAAGUUUAUAGAAGUUAAUUCAAAUAAUUGAUGGGUAUUGGUAUCUUUUUUUUGCCAACAAGGUAAUAUGUUUUACUGUAAACAAAAUUAUUUGGUGUAUCCUUACAUUAAUUAUAAAUUUAUUUGUAUUUAUCUGAUUUCAAAUAUUAUAAUUUUUUAAUUUACUUAAUUGUGUGUGAAU